CGCUCCUCCUGAGGCCUCCGACAGUGCCGCCGCCGCCGCCACCAUGUUGACUGCCGCCCGCUUGCUGGUUCUGCGCCGCGGAGGGGCCGCCGCAGGGACUGCUCAGGUUUCCUGGAACGGCUUAAGUCAAGAUAUCCUCAGAUCUGUAACGAGCAGGCAAUAUGCAUCAGAAGCAAUCAAAGGUGCUGUCAUUGGCAUUGAUCUCGGCACGACCAACUCGUGUGUGGCAGUCAUGGAAGGGAAGCAAGCGAAAGUGCUGGAAAACGCAGAAGGUGCCAGGACGACCCCUUCUGUUGUAGCCUUUACAAGCGAUGGUGAGAGAUUGGUUGGCAUGCCAGCUAAAAGACAAGCCGUCACGAAUCCCCCCAAUACAUUCUAUGCAACAAAACGACUAAUUGGGCGGCGAUAUGAUGAUUCGGAAGUGCAGAAAGAUAUCAAAAACGUUCCUUUUAAAAUUGUCCGUGCUUCUAAUGGUGAUGCCUGGAUAGAAGCUCAUGGAAAGCUGUAUUCCCCAAGCCAGAUUGGUGCCUUCAUAUUGAUGAAGAUGAAGGAGACAGCAGAAAAUUACCUGGGGCAUCCGGCAAAAAAUGCUGUCAUCACGGUCCCUGCUUAUUUCAAUGAUUCUCAGAGGCAGGCUACUAAAGAUGCUGGGCAGAUAGCUGGAUUGAAUGUUUUGAGGGUGAUAAAUGAGCCAACAGCUGCAGCACUAGCUUAUGGCUUGGAUAAGUCUGAAGACAAAGUUAUUGCAGUCUACGACUUGGGUGGUGGCACAUUCGAUAUUUCUGUCUUGGAAAUUCAGAAGGGAGUCUUUGAGGUCAAAUCCACCAACGGUGACACUUUCUUGGGCGGCGAAGAUUUUGACCAGGCCUUGUUGCAGCAUAUUGUGAAAGACUUCAAAAGAGAGACAGGUGUUGAUCUAACUAAAGAUAACAUGGCUCUACAGAGGGUGAGGGAAGCCGCAGAAAAAGCAAAGUGUGAACUCUCUUCUUCAGUCCAGACAGACAUUAACUUGCCAUAUCUUACAAUGGAUGCUUCAGGGCCAAAGCAUUUGAAUAUGAAGCUGACUCGUUCUCAGUUUGAGGGGAUUGUGGCCGAUCUGAUCAGAAGGACAAUAGCACCUUGCCAGAAAGCCAUGCAGGAUGCUGAAGUCAGCAAGAGCGACAUUGGUGAAGUUAUAUUAGUUGGUGGCAUGACCAGGAUGCCUAAGGUACAGCAGACUGUCCAGGACUUGUUUGGCCGCGCUCCUAGCAAAGCAGUUAAUCCCGAUGAAGCUGUUGCUAUGGGUGCUGCCAUCCAGGGAGGCGUGCUGGCUGGUGAUGUCACUGAUGUGCUGCUCCUGGAUGUGACUCCUCUUUCCCUUGGUAUUGAGACGCUAGGGGGAGUUUUCACUAAGCUCAUCAACAGGAACACGACUAUUCCAACCAAGAAGAGCCAGGUGUUCUCUACAGCUGCUGAUGGACAGACUCAGGUGGAGAUCAAAGUGCACCAGGGUGAGAGAGAAAUGGCUGGUGACAAUAAGCUGCUUGGCCAAUUUACUUUGGUUGGGAUUCCACCAGCUCCACGGGGAGUCCCCCAGAUUGAGGUCACUUUUGACAUUGAUGCCAAUGGAAUUGUUCAUGUUUCUGCGAAAGAUAAAGGCACAGGACGGGAGCAACAGAUUGUGAUCCAGUCUUCUGGUGGUCUUAGCAAAGACGAUAUUGAGAAUAUGGUGAAAAAUGCAGAAAAAUAUGCAGAAGAAGACAGACGAAGAAAGGAACGUGUUGAAGCUGUAAACAUGGCAGAAGGAAUAAUCCAUGAUACAGAAUCCAAAAUGGAAGAGUUCAAAGAUCAGCUACCUGCUGAUGAGUGCAACAAACUGAGAGAAGAAAUUGCGAAAAUGCGAGAACUGCUGGCUCGUAAAGAGAGCGAAACCGGCGAGAACAUCAGGCAGGCAGCAUCCACCUUACAGCAAGCAUCCCUGAAACUCUUUGAAAUGGCCUAUAAAAAGAUGGCAUCCGAGCGGGAGAGUUCUGAGAGUUCGGGAAGCUCUGCAAGCUCUGGGGAUCAGAAGGAAGAAAAGCAAUGAUUCCUCUUGUCUCGCAUGGACUGGAGCAGGAAGAGGACAAUGUUCCGAAGCUUGGGAGCCAGUGGACCUUCCUGAGCAGCUGUGGGCAGAUUUAUGUCUUACUGUGUUUUUGCAGUAUACUAUACAUAAUUUCCUGAAUGUAUAAAUUUAGUGAUGGCGUCCUACUAGUGAAAUUAUCACCUGAUCAAAAAUUUAUUUCGGAAUAGCUCCCCGGGGUCAGUGACAUUUUCAAGUGCAUCCUGAGGAUUCAUGGAGCUCUUAUUGAAUUGGGGGGGGGGAGUAAGCACAGCAGUAAUUUCUGAAGGUUUAGAAACCAUGUCUUGCAGCUUGAGGGCGGCACGAUGAGGCCCAUGGGGUGCCUGAACUGUGUAUAUUCCACCCUUAAUUAUGGAUCCUCCUUUUGGGAACAGAUUUCUGCUUUAGCAUGAAGGGAUUUCAAUAGGGCCUGGGUUAAGCAGAGGCAGGGCUUGCCUACUUUGGCAGAGAAAACACAGAACUGCACCUUAGCAUAGUCUUGUCUGAAAGGAAAUGGAUUGUUUUUAAUGUAGCUGUUACUAUAUAAAUAAGGCUACUCUGAAGUUCCAUGCACUGCUUGUCUAGGCUUUCUGCUCUGCCCAGUGUCUCUUCUUGCAGAAAAAGAAGCUUCCCUAUUAAUAAAAAUGUUCUUAUUUGAUCAA